AGAUAAAGAGGAGCAGCCUACCUCACUGAUGGUCUUUCUCUUGGUGAUGCUCAGUUCUCAUUCCACUUUACUUCCAUUUCUUUCUGGGGUGAAGGACUUAAACUGAAGCAAAAAUGACUGAUGCUCGGCCACGUUAUGUCAUCGACCGCCCAGCUUAUUCUAGUAAAGACUUUGAUGAAGAGUUUGAGAGGAAAAAUAGAAGUUACCCUCUUGGAGAAAAAAUAAAGCAUCUUUUCAGAUGUUCACCAUCCAGAUUCAAACUCAUUCUUUAUAGCCUGUUUCCUAUACUUGUAUGGCUUCCAAAAUACAAAAUCAAAGAUUACAUUAUUCCUGAUGUCCUUGGUGGAAUCAGCGCAGGAACUAUUCAAGUGCCUCAAGGCAUGGCUUUUGCUCUACUGGCCAACCUUCCUCCAGUUAACGGACUCUAUUCUUCCUUCUUUCCUCUGAUAACCUAUUUCCUACUUGGUGGUGUUCAUCAGAUGGUCCCAGGUACUUUUGCAGUCAUCAGUAUUAUUGUGGGAAAUGUUUGCCAUGAGUUGGCUCCUGAAUCUGAAUUUUACUACUUCAAUUAUACAAGCAAUGAGCAGAUGGUGAACAACACAGCCAUGGAAGCAGCCAGGCUGGAAAUCUCAGCCACCUUGGCUUGCUUGACAGCUAUAAUACAGAUAUGCUUAGGAUUUGUGCAGUUUGGCUUUGUUGCUAUCUACCUUUCCGAGUCCUUCAUCAGGGGUUUCAUGACGGCAGCUGGUUUACAAAUCCUGAUCUCAGUGCUCAAAUAUGUCUUUGGCGUGAAGAUUGAAUCCUACACAGGGCCCCUUGCCAUUGUCUAUACUUUUAUCGACAUUUGUAAAAAUCUGCCAAAGACCAACAUCGCCUCUCUCGUGUUUUCCUUGAUCAGCUCUGUGCUCCUGAUUAUUGUGAAAGAGUUGAACAUAAAAUACAUGAAAAAAAUCCGAGUUCCCAUUCCUAUGGAGAUCAUUAUAGUCAUCAUAGCUACUGCAGUUUCUGGAAGCUUUAAUAUGCCUGAGAAAUAUGAUAUGCCAGUAGUUGGACAUAUUAAUAUGGGCUUUCCAUCAGUCAGUAUUCCUGAGGUGAGCAAGUGGAAAGACAUGAUUGGCACAGCAUUUUCACUUGCCAUUGUGGGAUAUGUGAUCAAUCUGGCCAUGGGCAGAACACUUGGAACGAAACAUGGCUAUGAUGUGGAUCCAAAUCAGGAAAUGCUAGCCCUGGGCUGCAGCAACUUUUUUGGAUCCUUCUUCAAAAUCCAUGUGAUAUGCUGUGCUCUUUCAGUGACAUUAGCUGUGGAUGGAGCUGGAGGGAAAUCUCAGAUGGCAAGUUUUUGUGUGGCGCUGGUAGUGAUGAUAACCAUGUUGUCUUUGGGGAUUUAUCUCCAGCCUCUUCCUAAGGCAGUGCUUGGAGCUUUGAUUGCUGUGAAUCUGAAGAAUUCUCUCAAGCAGCUGACUGAUCCUUACUACCUUUGGAAAAAAAGCAAGCUGGACUGUAUGGUCUGGGUGGUGAGCUUCCUAUCUGCUUUCUUCCUGGGCUUGCCCUUUGGACUCGCUGUAGGAGUCGGGUUUUCCAUCCUUGUUGUCGUUUUCCAUACUCAGUUCCGCAAUGGUUGUGUCAUUGGCCCUGUAGCUGUUUCUGAUAUAUACAAGAACCCCAAGGUCUACAACAAGGUCCAAGAAAUAGAUGGAGUUAAAAUUGUCACUUACUGCUCUCCAUUAUACUUUGCUAAUUCAGAGAUAUUCCGGGAGAAAGUUAUUGCCAAGACUGGUGUUGACCCUAUAAAAGUCUUCCUGGCAAGGAGAAAGUAUGUGAAGAAUCAAGAAAAGGUGGUGGCUGCAGCACAGAAAGUGAGCAAACUAAAAUCCUUCUUCAGAAAGAAUAAGACUAUGUCUCUGCAAGAGCUCCAGAAGGACUUUGAGAGCAAUUCUCCAACAGACACAAACAACAACCAGACAGCUUCUAAUGGAAAUAGCAUCUCAUUUAUUGCCUUCAACCCAGCUAUGAAUGCUGUAAGGCAGGCUAAUGCCCCUUGUGAACAACGAAGCACUCCUAGUCAUCGAAGCAGCGUCCUCAGUGUUAUCCCAGCCUCAAAUGUUGAUCCUAUAAUUACAGCACCUCCAUUUGUCAACUUCCACACAAUCAUUUUGGAUAUGAGUGGUGUCUGCUUUGUAGACCUGAUGGGGACAAAGGCUUUGGGAAAGCUGUGCAUCAACUAUCAAAAAAUUGGGAUUAAAGUUUUCCUGGCAAAUGUACCUGCCCAAGUGUAUGAUGACAUUCGCACAGGGGGAGUCUUUGAAGAAGGAGGUCUUGAGCCUAAUCAUCUCUUUGUGAGCAUCCACGAUGCUGUUUUGUUUGCAACAAUGAAUGGCAACAGAGCUGUGCGUUGCUCAGCCUUGGACCAGCGAUCAAGUCAGAUAGAAGUCUCUGUCUCUGAUGAAUCUCUGGAAGACAGCAGUGCUGAAUUUCAAAACUUGGAAGAGGAAAUGUUUGGAAGCAUUUUUCAUUCAGAAGCACAAACAGCGUUGUGAAUUCUUGAAGAAGGAUUGUGUGAUGGCAAACAUUUUGACCAUGGCAUUCAUGUAUAAAGAAAAGUUUCUGUGCCUGAAGAAACAGAAACAUUCAAGGACAACUGCCUUUAUACAUUUUGGCACGGGAGGAACAGUACCUUUGAAGCAUGGAGGCCUCUUAUGUGACAUUCUCUUCUUUCAAAACCAGAGCAACUGACUAUCGGAGCAGUUGGUAUGGACAGAAGAGGGAACUCAGGGAAUACCUUUCAUCUAUCCAGAAACAGCAGAAAAGUCGCAGGACAAUCACUACUUCAAUUUCCUUCAUCCUGUGCUUCAAGCCAUGCUUAUAUACCCAUGAGAAUGCAUGUAAUAUAUAUGCAUAUGGAGGAGGUCUCAAGCAGCAAACUUGUUUUAUCAGGAAAAAGAGAGACUAUAAAGAGUCUAUCAUGAGAUAUUUGGGUAUGAAAGUAGACAGUUUCUAAAGUGUGCACUGAACUUUAUGGACUUCACACUAUAAGUAAAUAGGCUUCUGAUGAUGAUGCCUAGCUCUUCCUCACUGAAAGCUAAUAUAACCUCCUUGGGGUUUUUUGAGAACUAUGUAUGCCAGUAUAUUUGAUGACUACCUGCCAUUUCCUGGAAUGAGUUCUGUAUCUGUAGUGGUCAUGAACAUCACCCAAUUACUAUCUAAAGACAGUGCUGCCUUUCCACUAGCCCCCUUUCUUCAUUUUUUGGAACCUUUAUCUUCCCGUGAAGAAAAACCUAUUAUUUCGCAUAGGAAUUUCUUGCACGAACAGAUACUUUCAUGGUACUUUGAAUUCUUACAAAAUCAAGCUUGGGUUGUUGUGAGUUUUCUGGGCUGUAUGGAAGCAUUCUUU